AGCAUCAUUCAGACACUCUGAGCUAACAGCACAGUGAACGCGAGAAGCACUGAGGGGAAAACUGGUUUUCAACGAGAAAAAAUACAGAAGGCGUCAUGUUCAGGCUGCAGAAAACCGUCAGACCGAUCUGGGCUGCCAGAAGAAUCCACAACUCUGCUGUGGAAGUGCUGAGGAGCCCGACUCCUGAGGAAACAGUCACUGCUAGUUUCGGGGAGUUUAUCAGUAAGGUCAAGUCCGAGCACCUGUCCUCUGUGGUUCUCCACCGCAGUAAAAGAAUGGUACUGGACAGCAUUGGUGUUGGUCUCAUUGGUAGCACAACUGAGGUGUUUGAAAUGGUGCUGAAACACUGCAAGCACAUGUACGGCCAUGAUAACAUCUGCUCAGUGUACGGAAAAAGAGGCAUCAGGCUCUCCCCAACACUGGCAGCUUUUGUCAAUGGAGUGGCGACUCACUCCAUGGACUUUGACGACACCUGGCAUCCAGCAACUCACCCAUCCGGAGCCGUCCUUCCUGCUGUGUUAGCGCUCAGCGACAUGAUGCCGGCCAGCAGGAAGCCCAGCGGUCUGGACUUCUUACUCGCGUUUAACGUGGGCAUCGAAAUCCAGGGCCGCCUGAUGAGGUUCUCCAACGAGGCCCACAAUAUUCCUAAAAGGUUUCAUCCUCCCACUGUGGUCGGUCCCAUGGGAAGUGCAGCAGCCUGUGCUCGCCUCCUGUCUCUGGACUCCUCUCAGAGCAGCCAUGCCUUGGCGAUAGCUGCUUCCCUGGCUGGAGCUCCCAUGGCUAACGCUGCCACUCAGUCUAAGCCCCUCCACAUCGGCAACGCCUCACGCCUUGGGCUUGAAGCUGCCCUUCUGGCAUCCAGAGGCCUAGAGGCCAGUCCUCUGGUGUUGGAUGCUAUUGCAGGAGUGGCAGGCUUUAGUGCUUUUUAUGAAGAUUACAUGCCACAGCCUUUAGAUUCACCCCAUGAUGGCCAUGCAUUCCUGCUAGAGGAGCAGGACAUGGGCUUCAAGCGCUUCCCCGCCCAUCUGGGGAUGCACUGGGUGGCAGAUGCUGCAGCUUCCGUCCAUAAGCUUCUAGUGGGCGUUGGUCCUGGAAAGGUCUCUCCAGAUCAAGUCCAGGACAUCUUGCUCAGAGUUCCCCUCUCUAAAUACAUCAAUAGGCCUUUUCCUGAGUCGGAGCAUGAGGCCCGCCACUCCUUCCAGUUUAACGCCUGCACCGCUCUCCUGGAUGGUGAGGUGACCGUCCAGUCCUUCACGCCAGGCGCCAUUAGCCGCCCCGAGCUCCGUGCUCUGUUGAGCCGCGUUCGGCUGGAGCAUCCCCACGACAACCCCGCAAACUUCAACGUGAUGUACGGGGAGGUCCAGGUGAUGCUUGUGGGAGGAGACAUUCUGAAGGGACGCUGUGAUACCUUCUACGGCCACUGGCGCAACCCGCUGACCAACGAGAGCCUGAGGAAGAAGUUCAGGAACAACGCAGAGGUGGUGCUUCCAUCGGCGAAGGUUGAGCGGCUGAUCGAGGCGGUGGACGAGCUGGACAGACUUGACGACUGCCAGCACUUGCUCUCACAGCUGCAAUGAAGAUAUAUUGCAAAUAUAUUUAAUAUAUAUGAUGAGUUUCAUUGUCAACAAU